ACUGUGCUUAGGUUCCCACCGGGUCGGAUCGGGUCAACUCGGAUCGGGUCGGAUCAUUUAUAAGAGCGAAAUCACUCACUCGCUCUCUGACAUAUCUCUCUCUCUUUCCAACUUUCUCUCUGCUGUUUGAAGUGUGUCUCCUAGACAGCGAUGGAACUGCGCCGGGCUAUUUUAAUGCCACGGAAAGCGAACUGAGACUGGUUUUUUUCCCCUUAUCUUCUUUCUUCCUCCUCUCCACUAAGAUCUCGUGAGAAAAGUUUCGCUUCUGGGGAUUCUGCUUUGGUGGGUUGCUGAGGAAGUUCUUGCAGCUCAAGGUCCAAUGCGUGCGUGUAGGGCUUUUGUUGUUCGUGCUUUGAUGGCGUGGACAGCUGGAUUGGGGUUCUGAGAAAUGGGUUUUUGUCGGUUUCUUGUUUUCUGGGUUUUUCUCGAGGAUUUUCUAGAAGGCUUCCUCUGAUUUUACGGUGGGAAAAUGGUGUGAAUUUUAGGAAGGUAUAAGAAAGAGAUGGUGAACAACAAGCUUGUGGUGUUGGAGCUGAAGGUGUAUAGCUUCUGUAGUUGCUGGAAGUGAGGAAGUGAUUGUACGGAAAUUAGGGUUUUGCUGAUUUCAGCUCAGUAUUUUUUGGUUUCCGGAAAGGAAAAUUUGGGGUUUCAUUCUCUGACAUGAAGCUUUCAACAUCUGGGUUGGGUCAACAGGGUCAUGAAGGGGAGAAGAAGUGUCUGAACUCUGAGCUAUGGCAUGCAUGUGCUGGACCACUGGUUUCUCUUCCAUCUUCUGGAAGCCGUGUUGUCUACUUCCCACAGGGUCACAGCGAACAGGUUGCUGCUACAACUAAUAAGGAAGUUGAUGGUCACAUACCCAAUUACCCAAGCCUACCACCCCAGCUGAUUUGCCAGCUCCAUAAUGUUACUAUGCAUGCUGAUGUUGAGACGGACGAAGUGUAUGCUCAAAUGACACUUCAACCAUUGACACCGGAAGAGCAAAAGGAAACAUUUGUACCGAUCGAGCUGGGAAUCCCUAGUAAGCAACCUAGCAAUUACUUCUGCAAGACAUUGACGGCUAGUGAUACCAGUACUCAUGGAGGAUUUUCUGUCCCUAGACGUGCUGCUGAGAAAGUUUUUCCUCCAUUGGAUUACUCACAGCAGCCGCCCGCCCAAGAAUUGAUUGCAAAGGAUCUCCACGAUGUUGACUGGAAGUUUAGGCAUAUCUUUCGGGGACAGCCCAAACGGCAUCUUCUUACUACUGGAUGGAGCGUCUUUGUCAGUGCCAAGCGACUAGUUGCCGGAGAUUCUGUUAUUUUCAUCAGGAACGAAAAGAAUCAACUCCUUUUGGGCAUUCGUCGUGCCAUUCGGCCACAAACAAUUAUACCGUCAUCCGUUCUAUCUAGUGAUAGCAUGCAUAUUGGACUUCUUGCUGCUGCUGCACAUGCCGCCUCAACAAAUAGCUGUUUUACGGUUUUCUAUCAUCCGAGGGCUAGCCCAUGUGAGUUUGUCAUAUCGCUUUCCAAGUACAUUAAAGCCGUUUUUCACACGCGAAUUUCAGUUGGGAUGCGUUUUCGCAUGCUCUUUGAAACAGAAGAGUCAAGUGUUCGUAGGUACAUGGGCACGAUAACUGGUAUCAGUGAUUUGGAUCCUGUUCGUUGGCCAAACUCUCAUUGGAGGUCUGUGAAGGUUGGCUGGGAUGAAUCAACCGCCGGGGAGAGACAGCCAAGAGUUUCUCUAUGGGAGAUUGAGCCUCUUACCACAUUUCCCAUGUAUCCAUCACUGUUUCCCCUUAGGCUGAAGCGUCCUUGGCAUGCUGGACCAUCAUCUCUUCACGAUAACAGAGGUGACCUAACGAGUGGUCUAUCGUGGCUUAGGGGUGGAGCUGGAGAGCAGGGUUUGCUUCCUCUGAAUUUCCCGUCUGUCGGUAUGUUUCCAUGGAUGCAACAGAGGCUGGAUCUUAGUCUACUCGGACCUACCGAUCAUAAUCAGCAGUAUCAAGCCUUGUUGGCUGCCGGUUUUCAGAAUAUGGGAGGUGGAUAUCCUCCAAGGCAACAGCUUGUCCAGCUGCAAGAGCCUCACCACCCGUAUCUUCAACAAUCAGGUGGCCACAAUUCAGAUUUGCUACUUCAGCAACAGCAGCAAGCAUCUCAACAGCAAUUUCCACGUCAUCUCCUGGAGGGUCAAACCCCGACGCUGACCGAGAAUCUUCCCCAUCAAAAUACGCGUCAAGAUGUUAGUAACCAACCCGCCGGGCAGCCUCAGCAACCCGACCAUUCGUAUCUGAACGCUUUCAAACUUCAAAACGGUCAUCUCCAACAAUGGCAGCAACCAGACGUGCCUUCGGCUUCAUUCAUGAAAGCGGGUUUUGCAACAACAGCUAGUCGGAUACAGCAGAAUUCAGCGGCCCCUUCCAGUUCUGCUGAUGGUAGCAAUCUCUUGAAUUUCUCGAUAACGGGUGAGCCUUUAAUGGCUGAGCAAUUACCAUCACAGGUAUGGUCUCCUAAACACGCCCACUCUGCAGCUACCACUUUUUCUGAACCAUUGCCGCUUCAACAAGGAGGAUACACCGGGAAAAGUACCGCCCUGGAACCAGGAAAUUCCAACCCGAAUUCCCAGAAUCCUUCCAUCUUCGGCGUUGAUACCGACUCUGGACUCUUCCUCCCGACCACUGUUCCCCGUUAUGCUACAUUGUCAGCAGAUGCUGACACUUCUUCAAUGUCGGUAACGGAUUCCGGAUUCCAGAACUCCUUAUACAGCUGCAUGCAAAAUGCUCCUGAGUUAUUGCAUGGAGCUGGGGACAUCAACACAUCGAACCAGACCGAGAACUUUGUUAAGGUUGUGUAUAAAUCUGGAUCGGUGGGGCGGUCACUGGACAUAUCCCGAUUCAGCAGCUAUCACGAGCUGCGGGAAGAGUUGGGAAAGAUGUUUGGAGUGGAGGGAUUGUUGGAAGACCCUCUUAGAUCAGGCUGGCAGCUUGUAUUUGUGGACAAGGAGAAUGAUAUACUUCUCCUUGGCGACGACCCUUGGGAGUCAUUUGUGAAUAAUGUAUGGUACAUAAAGAUACUAUCGCCGGAAGAUGUGCAGAAGAUGGGCGAAAAUGGCGUCGGAUCCUUCCCGCAGAACCCGAACCAUCCCUAAUGUAGACCCCAACCCCGAUCUUCCGAAGUGUAUCUGUAUCUGCCCCAUAUCUUCUCUUAUUUGGACAUAACAUGAAACAGCAAAGAUGGUUUUUGUAUUCAGAAUCCUUCAAAACAUUUUAGGGCUAAAUGAGUUGUGUUGUAUGGACACUGUAUCUGAACUUAGAAGAUAACACCCAAUGGGGUAUUUGCUUCUGUCAUGCUAUUAACACUGGGAAACAAUAUGGUUUUGUACCCUACUUGUCUGUCAUCGAGCAAAUUGAACAGCCUCCUCAUAGUUGGUUGCU